AUGGAACCUAGCUACCAGCUCCUUCUCGAGAACACCGCCCUCCCGUCCUGCGAGAACACCGCCCUCCCGUCCUGGCCCGCCUUGACCACCCGAUCGACGGCACUCCUCAAGUCAAAGAGCUACCCCGCCGAGGACAAUACUACCUACUACAACGACGAUACUACCAGCUCCGACGACAAUACCACCAUUUCUAGCACGGCUCGCGGCGACCCUAUCCGUGCGACAGGCAGCAGGAUGGUUAACAUGAUCUACAAUGGACCGGCUCGCCGCCCUCGAGUCCGCAGACGCGGCGACCCCCGUAUCCGUGCGACAGGCAGCAGGAUGGUUAACAUGAUCUAUAAUGGACCGGCUCGCCGCCCUCGAGUCCGCACAACACCAACCCAGCGCGAAAUCCUUCAGCAAGCUCGCUUUGACCAGAAUAUCCGCGAUGGUCAACGGCUGGGUGCUAUUCCUGAAGCUCCAACCCCUCUAGCUAGACCGACCAACCCCACAAACGAUGAUAUAACCAACCCUCCGGACGGAGCUAACCAUUAG